AUGGCAGUUGCAACAUCUGGUGCUGUGUUAAACAGGUUUGGAUCUCAGUUCUUGUGUGGAGGAAAGAGGAGUGAGGCACUGCUUGCUGCUGGCAUUGGAGCCAAAGUUGGUGCUGCUGUUAGUCCUAAAAGACUCAUUGUAGCAGUUGCUGCUGCUCCAAAGAAAUCAUGGAUCCCUGCUGUAAAAGGUGGUGGGAAUUUCAUUGACCCAGAAUGGCUUGAUGGCUCGCUACCAGGUGACUAUGGUUUUGACCCUCUGGGACUGGGGAAAGACCCAGCAUUUCUGAAAUGGUAUAGAGAAGCUGAACUGAUUCAUGGGAGGUGGGCGAUGGCUGCAGUUGUAGGCAUCUUUAUUGGGCAGGCAUGGAGUGGAGUUCCAUGGUUUGAGGCUGGAGCUGAUCCUAAUGCAGUUGCUCCUUUCUCCUUUGGUUCUCUUUUGGGCACCCAGUUGCUUCUAAUGGGAUGGGUUGAGAGCAAGAGAUGGGUGGACUUCUUCAACCCAGAUUCUCAGUCAGUGGAAUGGGCUACCCCAUGGUCAAAAACUGCUGAGAACUUUGGCAACUCCACUGGUGAUCAAGGCUACCCUGGGGGCAAAUUCUUUGACCCUUUGGGAUUUGCUGGCACAAUCCAGGAUGGUGUUUACAUUCCUGAUGCAGACAAACUACAGAGACUGAAAUUGGCUGAGAUAAAGCAUGCCAGGAUUGCAAUGUUGGCCAUGCUGAUUUUCUACUUUGAGGCUGGACAGGGCAAGACUCCCCUUGGUGCUCUUGGCUUAUAAACAUAAUAAUGUACACUAGGGAGAAACUUCAAUCAUUGUUCUAUAGAGCCAAAUUUCUCCCUUGAGAAGUUUCAAAUACCAUCCUCUAAUGUAUGUGUAUUACAAAUACUAUGAUAUGGCACCUUAUAUA